AGAGAUUGGAAUUCGCUUAUGUCUAAUUGUAGCUGCAAUGUUAAAUCUCAAACAGUAUUUUUUUUUAGUGAUACUGAAUUUCAUCAUUAGUUCGUUGUUCGUUCUUGGCAUGUAUUGAAAUGAAAACGUUCAAAAUGAGUUACUUUAAAUUUUUCAUGUUCGCGGGAUUUUUAGUUUCCUGCACCAUUGCUGUCGAUGCGAAUACAUCAAGACGUAAAAUACUGCCAAUGAAUUUGAGGUCUGCAGAAGAAUGCUUUACAAAGAAUGCUAUUUACGUGGACAAAACUGACAUUGCUUUGAAAUUAAUACAAACUGCAGGCAAAUAUUCCAUGCUUCUACGUCCUCGGCGCUUUGGAAAGACUUUUUUAAUCAAUACGAUUGCGUCAAUUCUCGAAGGGAAGAAGGAGUUCUUCAAAAAUACUUUUAUUGGUGAUGAAAAAAGUGGAUACGAAUGGCAACCACAUACUGUUAUAAAACUCACUUUUCAACAACAUGACUCCAUUAUGUAUCUGGCUGAUGAACUGGUCGACAUAGCAGAAGACUUUGGUGUUGACAGAGCAUUAAAUCAUAUUAAACCCACUGACCCUCUUUAUUUCAUGCGGUUACUACGCAAAAUAGCCCCCCGACCACACCUUGAGAAGUCAAAACCAGAAAAACUACCAGUGGCUGUGCUUAUAGAUGAAUACGACCUUCCAUUCAAAAAUGCAAAUGAUGAGACCCGCCAUUAUUUCCAACAAAUUUUCAUCAUUUUGAAAGCCCUUUCUGAUGACAAUAUUAUAAAAUUCAUUCUUUUCACAGGCUGUAACAAGGCUAAUUUGAUUUCUCCUGCCAACACUGGACUAUCUACAACGCUUGGUAUCCGAGACAUUUCGCUUGACCCAGUGUAUGCUUCCGUAUGCGGUUUUACUGACGAUGAGAUUGAGAAAUAUUUCAAUGAUAGUGUGCAAGAAAAGGCAAAAAUUCACCAAGUUGAACCGGAUAUAAUUUUCAAUGAAAUUAAAUCUUGUUACGAUGGUUAUCGCUUCACGGAAACGCCGGUAUCAGUUUAUAACCCAAUAUCACUGUUGUACUAUUUAAAUGACAAAAACGUUCUAAGAGGAUUAAAUUACUGGAUUGAAACACAGAAUCAUCCCAAAACUGCAAUGGAAGCAUUAGUAGAAGCCCGAAUGAAAAGUAGGAGUGUGAUCUUGAACCUGAAAACAUAUUAUAAUCCGAAUACACUGUUUCAACCACUUGAAGAUGUUCCAGUUAUAAGAGUAGGUGCGACUUCAAAUGAACUUAAUCAGAUUAAUCUGAACCAGGUUUCCCUUGAAACAAUUCUUUUUCAAAACGGUUAUUUGACAAUUCAAGAUUAUUUUCCAAAGCGCAAGCAAUACAAAUUGAAGUUUCCCAAUAAGGAAAUUAGAGGGGCAUUUAUGUAUGCCAUUGAAUUAGCGAUGGGAAAAGAAAAUGAAUGCUUGCGUUUGCAUAAAGCAGCAAAGGAAAGCCUCCAAAACUUGAAUAUUGCAAAGUUGGAAGAAACAUUUAGAUCUUUCAUACAACAGUACCACUUUGAGAGUCUGCUGGAGACAACAACCACGGAUAAUGAAAGUAUAGUGAAGGCUAUUUUACGAAAUCUACUAUCUCUGGGGCAGCCUAAAGAGAAACCUUUUCCGGAAUUGAUUUCAACAGCGAAUGAGCAUGCCUCAAUACUGAAUGUUCAACCGGAAGUUGAGACAGAAAAAGUAAAUGGUGGAAAAGGUAAAAUUUAUCUUCUCAUUGAAACAUCACGCCAUAUAAUAAUGGUAGAAGGGAAAUAUGGCGCCGAUGAAACAAAAAUGGAACAAGGUUGGAUACAAUUAGAAAAUUACAACUUCCCAGAUUCUGACGCCAACUGUGAGAAAAUUAAGGCGAGACUUUUACUAAAUUUCGACAACCAGGGGUUCUACAACUGGAGAGGUGCUACAUAUUACGCAAAUGGGACUGUAUGUGAACUCUUGAAACCUGAUAAAAUUUUUACGAAACCUAUUCAUCUGUGAACACUGAACAGUGCGAACAAUCAUUCGCGUCAGAGGCAGUCUACACACGCAUGUUGCCAAAUAUCACCGGACAUCCCUGUGAACACAAGCGACUACAAAUGUCUCAGAAGGAAGCCAUUCUCUUCAAGUGAUAGUCUGAACUGCCACAUCAGAACAUUCUGCAUAACCUCACAUACCAGAAGUUCAUUUUUAGAUAUAAAAAACUGCAAUGUUGAGCUUCCCAUUCUUUGUACAAAAUUUUAAAAAGAAGGUGGCAAUUGUUGCUUUAGAAACCCUUUUCAAUCCAUUUCAAAAUUUAAAAAAAUAUAUUAGGUGGUCAUAUUUUUGGUGCCGUAUCACCCCUCCGGAGGUAUCAUGAUUAUGAUGCACCAGUCGCCAUUUCUGUGACCCGAUACACCUGCUCCCUCCAACUGUCCCUGUUUAUAGGGUGCUCCUGAUGGAUGUUGGGAAGGUGCACCCGGUGGUCUAAUGAAUGGAGUUUGUCCAUCUCAUGGGGGAGCGUCCACGCCCUCUUGUUCCUUCUACCUGGUCUUGGGUGAACAGGGACUCCAUCGCAUCAGUCCUUGCGACAUGCCCAAAGUAUUUGAGGAUUCUGCUGAGAACCACUGCAGACAGCCUUUUCUGGACACCGACUUCACCCAGGAUGGAAACAUUGGUCCUUUUCUUCAUCCAAGGAAUCCAGAGCAUUCUUCUGCAACACCACAUUUCAAAAUGCAUCAAUUUUUCUUCUGUCUCUCUUUUAGGGUCUUGCUCAAAGCUGUAUCUGGCCAAAUCUUCUUUAGGCAAGACAUGGAGCUUCUUGUGAUUUGCGCUCUGCGUCUUAUCUCGGCAUCACUGCUUCCUUCGUUAUCCACAAUGGACCCCGCAGGUAUACAAAUUGGUUCACCACUUCGAUUCCCUCAAUUUCUAUGAUCUCAAGCGAGUUGUUCUCUGGCCAAUUCACAAUCAUAAUCUUCAUCUUUGCUUUAUUUAUCAGCAGGCCAUAUUUUGCACUAACCUCUUCCAAGCAUUUCAGAAAACCAGUCAUAUUUUUGGCACUUGAGGCGAUGAGGGUUGUGUCAUCAGUAUAACGGAGGUUUGACAUUUGUACACCUCCGAUCAAUACUCCUCCCUGCCAUUUGUCUGAGCCAUCAUCACUGGUGCUUUCUGAUACAAGUAGCUGUAUAGUCUCCUGAUCUAUAUAGGUAUUAUUUGUAUAGAUUGAACAGGAGUGGGAACAGAAUGCAGCACUAGCAUACUCCUCUCUAUGAGUGGAACUUCUCCAAUGUUGCUUCUCUGUUAAUUCGAACAUUUGCCAUGCUCCCCUCAUACAGUUGUUUUAUCAGCCACACCAGAUGUAUUGGGGCACCUAUCUCGAGUAGAAUUCUCCACAGUUUUUGCCAUUGUACACAGUCUAUAGACACUGCACCUGGGGGAAGACAUCAAACUAACUGCCAUUUUGGCUGAAUUAUGUAUGUCAUGCCAAUUUCUCCCGCUGGAUGCUCUUGGCUGCGCUGUUGUCAAAUUCUUAAACAAAAUACAGUGCAACCAAGAGCACCCAGUGGGAGAAAUUGGCGCUACACAAAAAAUCACACUACUGUCCCUUUUCUUCAUUGCCAGCAGAUUGAAGUACAGCACUGCCAAGAGCACCCAGCGGGAGAAAUUGGCAUAACACAAAACAUUACUACCAUCCCUUUUCCCUGUUGCCUGCAGUUUGAUGUCUUCCAGGAGGGCCCAGGUGCAGUGUCUGUGACGCAGUUGAAUGCUUUCUUGUAAUCUAUAAAACACAGAACUGUACGCACAUUGUAUUCUAUGCUUUCUCAAUCAGCAAUCUGUGGUUGAGGAUCUGCUCCCUCGUUCCUCUUCCUCUCACUGAUCCUGCUUGUUCUGGAGGGAUUUGACUGCGCAUGAGUGAGUAUAACCUGUCGUACACAAUCUUCAGCUUGUUCUGGAGGGAUUUGACUGUGCAUAAGUGAGUAUAACCUGCUGUACACAAUCUUCAAUAGUACUUUGCUGGCAUGACAUAUCAGGACGAUUGUUCUGUAGUUCCCACAGUUCCCAGGAGAUCCUUUUUUGUACAGAGUGACAUAUGUCGACUGUACCCAGUCCUACGGCCAUUUGCCGCUCAGCCAUAUUGAGUUGCCGGGGGGGGGGGGGUCUUAAUGAAAAUAAUUUGUCAACCUAUUUGUAGUUGUUCCCACUGCCGCUGCACUUGCAACAGCGCUGUUUUCAGAAUUGAAACUUACUUUUGUGUUUGUGGUACAGUUUAGUACUUGCAGAUAAAGUGAUGCAUCAAAUUGAUAUGCCCAGGUAACGAAUCAAGUUAAUGUCAGUGAGGAAACCUAUAGCUCGAACUGUUGGCCUUGGGAAAUACUUUGCAAUUAUUAUAAUGCAUUUUUUACAUCUUUUGUAGAUUUCAAGCAAAAAAUUGAAAAAUCAACUAAGAAAUAAAUUUUUUUAUCAUUUAUAAAAGCAUCAUUUUUAUUUUUUGAACAUUAUAAAUAAUCCAACAGUUCGGUUUUCAACCCCCCCUCCCAAAUUUGUUCAAACCACAUGUAAUUUUCAACUAUUGGGGGGGGGGGGUCAAUUUGACAAACUUAAUGACACUUUCUGCAGUUUUCACAAAUCAUCAUUCAAUUUUGAGAAUUUCCGAUUAAUUCUUGGUAUCUUUUAAUAAUCUAAUCUAAGCAGUAAGCAUUUGAGCAGUCCGUAUAGAAUACUCGCGUUUCAGAAUGAAAGAGUAAUUUUAUAAUCCUUAUGAAAAAAGUUACGUACAUCGCGGAAUUUGAAAAUCACCUGAAAUAAUUGUCCAUCAGGUUUGAAUCGAAGUGAUCUGAUUUUUGGAAAACGAAUUUGGAAACAGUACAUUAAAUUGUUGAGUUCAAAAACGAUUUUGAUUUUUAAUGAAUUUUAAAAAAAUUAAACUCGAAUUAAAAAUGGAAAAAAAUCAAAAUUUUACCAAAUAGAUCAAAAGAGCUAACUCAUAACAGAAACAAAAACAAAGCAACCAACAGAAGUACAGAUUACCUGAAGCAACAUAAACAGAAAACCAAAAAAAUGGCGAUAAAAAAUUUCUAAAAAUUGAAAAUGCAAAGAAAGGAGCAUCGUUAAAGCGUGAUACGGAUAUUCGAACAAAAAAUAUGGGUAGCUUAGUUACCUACUCACCAUGAAGGUGCCAUCAUCGAAAAAGAUCAGUAUCAGAAACCUUGAAGAAAAAAGUUGAGAAAUUUCUCCAUGAAAUCGUCAAUUCAACUUUCCUCGCCAGAUGUCGUCUUCAUCUCGAAAACAGAGCAAUAAAACGUACUUUACCCAAUUAACCUGGUUAUGUAUUUCAGUUUCGAAAGUAAAACAACUUAGAAUGAAUAAUUAAACGAUAGUAAAAAUAGGAAAAGGAAAUAAUAAAAACAAUGUUUAAAGCGUAGGUAAAUAUAGUAUGUAUAUCGGUGAUUUUUUUUUCAUCAUUUUAUCAAUUUUCGUUUAAAUAGUAAAAUACACAUACGAGUAAAUUUGGUCGCUUUUGAGCAAAC